UUCGAAUUUCAUCUUUGCGGUGUUCGGUGUUCUCACGUGAAAGUUGUCUGAUUUUCAAGUUCAUGAAAAUUUCUGAUAUGUUUUUUUGUGCAGUGAGGUGUUGAUGUUAUCUUAAAAAUCCUCUUACUAUGCUGAGAUCCAAGAAAGACGUCGAUAAACAUGUCCAGGAGGUGUUUCGCAACAUCAAUGCCGAAAAGGAGAGAAACUUACGAUGCUACAAUGUUGCCAAACUCUAUCUCAAGGUCGGUGACUAUCAAUCAACUAAAAAGUAUGUUGAAUUGUACUUGAAGGAUCGUCCAAAUGUGGCAGGUGCUCACAAACUUCUUGGUCAGGCUUUUGAGGGGCUGAAAGAUACGACUAAGGCACUAGAGGAGUAUAAGUGUUCUUUGAGUCUGGAGAGUAGGCAGCCAGAUCUGGUCUUGAAAGUGUGUGACCUUCUUGUAGAAUCUAAAAGUAGACUUAACUCAGGUGAAGUAAAGUAUUGGAUUGAACGAGCUCAAGAGAUAUCUGAUAAUCAUGAAACAGUUUUCCGUUUGAAUGAGUAUAUGAUAAAAAUGGGAGAUGGCUCAGGAGAUCAAGCACAAUUGGCUCAGCUUAUUGAGAAGGAAAUUGAGGCCCGCCCACAAGAUCCUCUCCCCAGAACAAGGCUUUUAAAUUUCUACUUGGACUCAAAGCGGGUGUCAGAUGCAUAUAAAUAUGCCGUUGAUUUAGAAACUCGAUGCUUAUUCAGAGAUAACAUUCAGUGGUACUCAUGUGUUGUGGAAGUUUUUAAGGCUUAUCAACGGGAUGUAAAGAAUAUUGAUGGAGAGUUUUACAUCUACUUGCUCUGUGUGCUGGAACGCCAUACUGCUUUAUGCUCCCAAGAACAGUCGUCAGAACACUUUGCCCCUUUCAGCAGUGCUCUCCAUGCUCUUGACCAAGCUUGUUAUGAAGCCUCGAAGUAUAGCAAAAAAGGUGGAGAGCAGCGAUUAAUAGAAUGUUUGAAACAUGUCAGCGGUCAGUUAUGUUUCCAUCUGGGCACAGCCCUUUUGCGUAUUGCGAAACAAAAAAGAACUGGUUGGAAAGAAUGGACACCUUUUGCAUGGGCGCUCAUGGCUCUUGCCUACACUAGUCCUGAGAGUGAUGACUUUGCCUCUAAUAAUCCUUCUCAAAGUGGCAGAGAAAGGCAGAAAAAGCUAAUGAAAUUUUGGAAGGAGGGUUGUGCUUUCCGUUGCACCCAAGCUGGACACAUUUUGCUGAGUAUGCCUAAUGAGAAGAAGAGAUUUAAUCAACUGAAUGGAGGGAGUUGGCGAGAGAAGAUUUACAAACUGAUGUUUGCAGUUCACAUCCAAGGAAAGCCAGAUGUUGUAAAGUCUUCUUAUUUUUUGACUGAUGAUUGUUUUGGUGAUGUUCAGGAGCCAUCACCAUCUGUAAGGGAUAUAUCCCAACAUGACAUUUUGGCUCAACAUCAAAGGCCAGAUUCCCUUCAUUUCAUGGUUUGGUUGGGCUUAAGGUAUCUUGAGCCGACCAAUAAACGCAAUCCAAGUUUUGGCACAUCAUGUGUCUUUCCAUACAGACUGUCAACUAACUUUGGUUGUCAUGUUUUUGAAGAGCUUAAACUGUCGACAAGUGGCUUGGAAUACGGGGGUGUGGAGACACUUAGUAGAUUGGAUAUUGAUACAUUUUUGUUUGCAUCAGUUUUCUGUGCUGCGGCACCUGAUCGACAGUUCACGCCAGAAGAGACACCCUUGGUGUUACCAGUUGAUCUCACAGAGUCUUUGUGCACUGAAGCUCAAAGUAAGUGGUGGUCAUCUGCGUACCGUCUUCACUCGAAUAAAUCUCGUAAUGAUAUUGGAGAGGUACGCAUGAUUGUCUCAAGAGGCCUUGAAGUUGUUCGCCUAAUUGGUAAUCAUGGAAUGGAUGUUAGACUGGUGGUUCUUCUGGCAAAAUUCUUCACUGAAAAGGCCUCUGAUAUGUCGACCCCAAAAGACAACUUGCCUGAUAUUUAUAAGAGGGCUCAAAUGUUUUGGCAGUGUGCAAUCACAUUAUUAGAGCGUAUAGAGAAAAAACAUCCAAUUCGGAUGCCUGUAAAUGCCUUGUUUAGUUAUGGGGGAAAAGAGCUAUCAAGUUCUGAUGUCAGACAGCUGCUUGAAGAAGGUCGCUUUUUCAUGGCAUGCCGUCUCAUGAAGGAAGAAAAGUAUGACAAAGCCAUUGAAGCUUUGCAGGAUCUGAAAAGCCCUUAUGCAUCUUACUAUGAAGGAUUGAUCUACAAGAAGCUUGCUGAUGCUGAGCAGGAACUGCUCAGUGGGGAUACAAUGAAUCCAGAUAUUAAAUCAUAUUAUGUUAUCUUACUUCAAAAAAGUCGUACUGCAUUUUACCUUACGCUAGAUCGUUUACGCUCUCCUCAAAAUUCUGGUGUCACUCUUUUGGAUGGUGAGUUAGAGAGGCACCUUGAAGAAGUUGAAAGUUCUCUCAACCCAUUGCUUCCUGGCUUUAAUGGAACUGCCCAUGUUGGUGUUGAUGAAAGUUUCUCAACCAAAAGGCUGGAUGAAUCAUUUCAAUCUGCUCCCCAUUUUGCCUCUUUUCAUCACACCUUACUUUCUAAUACUGGUCUGCAUGGACAUCCUGAUGUAACAAGCACUCCUUUCAAAGGGAAACCAAACAUUGAUUCAGAUGCUACAUAUGACUCGUCUAGAAGAGAAGAAGCUCGUCCUAGUCCGGAGAGGCAAGAGGCUCAAAUGAGGCGAAUGGCUCUCACAUUAGAGAAAGUGUUGGAGCAAAAUAGACAGAUCAUGGAACAAAGUCAACUCACACUUGAUGCAUUGAGUAAAACAAGAGGGGCAAUGGAUGACCUCCAAAAGCAAAUGCGUGAUAUGCGACUUGAAGUUACAACUCUCAAGCAGAGUGACAAUCGCGCUCAGGCUGGGACCACUGCGUUUGCGCCUGUUCCUUCAGCAGAAGAAUAUGAUUACUAUGCUAGAGCUCGCCCUUAUAGAGUUUUUCAGGAAGCUGAGAACUUGUGUCCAGCUUACAGCUAUGACAAUCGUCAAGCUACUGCAUCUGGUGUUCCAAUGUCCUCCAUGCUACCUAAACCAUUUCAAACAUUGUUUCCUGAUAACCAAGUACCUAUGGCAAGGAAUAUUGAUCCUAAUCUUUUACCAAUUUACUAUCCUCAAGCUACUCUAGCGCAAAAUUUAUAUGAAAGGCAAGGAGCAGGUGGAGUUGCUAUUUCUAAUACAUUGCCUGGAAUGUUAUCAGGUAAUGCAGUGCAUGCUAACACUCUUGCUACACCCAUGUCGAGUAAUAUGCAGAGUUCAGUUCAAGUCCCUGUUGAUGGUGCAACAAUUGCUAUGGAUUCCUAUAGAAAAUCAUUAUUGGGGACACCUAUUUUAUCUCACUCAAGUUUGACAACUCCUGCAGUAGACCUGUCUUCAUCUGCUGUGCAAUCUCUCAACCAAUCUCAACAUCUACCAACUGCUGAUUCAACAUCUCAGCGUUUGUCUCAGCAUUUUAAUCCAUCAUUGCAGAACCUUCAAAGCAAAAGUUUGAUUCCGCAAGCUACAGAACCAGUUCCUCACAACUUUCAAAUUUCUAUGCCACCACAGGCUACAAUUCCUACUACUGAGUCUCUUGAGAAGUCUCUUUCUCCUCUGAAGCCAAUAUCAACAGAAGGCAUACUGCCGAAUGUUCCAAUGCCAACUUAUUCUGCAGUGGCUUCACGGCAAACAGAAGUGAAACAAAGCCGUCUAUCAGCAGGAUCCACCAGUGGGAAUGACACCUUCACAGAAGAUGCUGACUACAACCCAUGUGCAGACUUCAAGCCAAUAAUACCGUUACCAGAAGAAAUAACUGUAACAACUGGUGAAGAAGAUGAAACCCCUCUCUUUAGUCGAAGAGCUAAGUUGUUUAGAUUUGUUGGUGGUGAGUGGAAAGAGAGGGGAGUAGGUGAUAUUAAGAUCCUUAAACACAACGUAAAUGGCAAGUUGAGGAUUCUUAUGAGGCGAGAACAAGUUCACAAAAUCUGUGCAAACCACUUCAUAUUGCCUGAAAUGGAGCUAGCCCCUCAAACUGGCAGUGACCGUGCUUGGUCAUGGGGAGCAAAUGACUUUUCCGAUGGAGAAGCUCGUAUUGAGAAGCUGUGUGUCCGCUUUAAGACUGUGGAAGAUGCCCAACAAUUCAAAGAAGCCUUUGAUGAGGCCCGUAAGCUAGCUAAGAGUGCAACUCCUUCAAAGGGGACCACACUUGGGGCUCCAGCUACUUCAACGACACCUGUUGGAAGUAGCAAGUCAAACCUUCAAGCCUCGCCUGUCACAGGUAAGGUGGAAUUAGGAGGAUUUUCCUUUAUUUCACCUCCUGUUCUCAAACCUGUUGAGGGACAAGGAAAGACAGCGCCUGGCAAAGAAAAGGAAACUGCUAACACUCAACCAAAACCUAGCCCAUUUGCUGGAUUUUCAUUCACUGCCUCCUCGCCUGUCAAUAGUUUUGGAAGUCUAGCCCAAUCAGCUUCAAGUGCUACUAGCCAACCUAAUACAUUGGCUGCAACUGCGACUGACAGAGUUGCUUCUACUCCAGCUCUGUCAUCACUAAGCACCAAGGAAUCCAAAAGUUCAGUUCCUUUCUCCACCUCUAUUUCCACUCCAUUAUUUAGCAACAGUAGCAGUCUACUUGACUUUGCUUCAAUUGCAUCUCAAAACAAAAAUUCUGAUGUUGCCCAGAAGGAUGCUAACUUUAAAGGUUUUGCAGGAGCAGGUUCUAAAGUUUUUGGUGCUGUUUCAUCUACCAGUGAUGCAGGCAAUAAAAGUACCACAGAUCCUGAAACUGCAGAUGCGGAGACGUUUGAACCAACUGCUGAGUUUAAGCCAGUAAUACCUUUGCCUAGUUUAAUUGAAGUACGAACAGGUGAAGAAGAUGAAGAUGUGCUGUUUGAAGAACGAGCUAAACUCCUAAGAUUUGAUUCUACUGGAACCCAAUGGAAAGAACGUGGUAUUGGAAAGAUGAAAGUUCUUAAAAACAAAACUACAGGCAAAGUGCGACUGCUCAUGCGUCGUGAACAGGUGCACAAAGUGUGCUGCAAUCACUUUAUUACCAAAGACCUUCAAUUUACACCUCUUAUCACAAGUGACAAGGCGAUUACUUGGUCAGCCCAGGAUUACGCCGAGGGAGAGGUUCGUGUUGAGGUGUUUGCAUUGAGAUUUAAGACUCCAGAGUUGAUGCUUGUUUUCAAAGAUGUUGUGGAAAGAGUCCAGAAAGAAGUUUGCAACUCUCCGCAAGGUAAUCCUACAACUGGUUCAAAAGAAGUAGUUUCUAAAAAUGAUUCAAAGCCAUUAUCAGAAGUUUUCAAACCUAAAAAGGGCUCUUGGGAAUGUUCUGCCUGUUAUACUCGAAAUGAUGCUGAAAAGACUUGCUGCGGAUGCUGCUCUCAACCUAAGCCAGGAUGUGAGGUUAAAUCUUCCACUGGAUUUAUGUUUGGUAAUUUAUCUAAUGCAACUCAAGACAAACAGCCAUCUCUCUCAGAGAUAUUUAAACCUAAAGAAGGCUCUUGGGUAUGUCAAGCAUGUUAUACAAGAUGUGAUCCAGACAAAAUGGCUUGCCUUGCCUGUGAAGCUCCAAAACCAGGACAUGGAAAUGAUAGCAAACCUGGCAAGACUGGUUUUACCUUUGCAACAAGCGAAGCGUCUUCUACAACCAAAGACAAACAGCCGUCUCUUUCAGAGUUAUUCAAACCCAAGGAAGGCUCUUGGGUAUGUCAAGCAUGUUACACAAGAUGUGAUCCUGACAAAGUAGCAUGCCUAGCAUGUGAAACUCCAAAGCCAGGACAUGAAAGUGAUAGCAAGCCUGCAAAGAGCUUUAGCUUUGGAAAAACUGAAGCUUCUUCUACAUCGUACUCAUUUGGAAUUCCUAGUUCUGCUGCCCCAAAAGAAUCAAAAACAUUUUCAUUUGGGCAAGCAGCACAAGGAGAAUCAAAACCAACCUUUACAUUUGGCUUACCACCUUCAUCUGUAUCAACUACAAUUCCUCCAACAGCCAAAGGGUUUAGCUUUGGUUCUACAAUCACAACUACAGCUCCAACAUCUACAGGUUAUGUAUUUGGAGCAUCAACUGUUGCCCCUAGCCAACCCACUCAGCCAUCAUUCGGCUCACCUCACAAAUUUGAGUUCCAAAUGAAAGCUCAGUCUCCAGGAAAGUCACCUGGAGCACCAUCUGGUGAAGAGGAAUCCGAAGAGGAAGACACUGAUAAUGUUGAUGUUGGAGAUUUUAAGCCUGUAAUACCACUUCCUGACAAAGUCCCUGUGUUGACUGGGGAGGAAGAUGAGAAUGUUCUAUACUGUCAUCGAGCAAAGUUAUUUAGAUUUGUAAAUGGUGAAUGGAAAGAGCGUGGGUUAGGUGACAUCAAAGUUUUAUGUCACAAUGUUACUAACAAACCAAGGUUGUUGAUGCGGCGUGAACAAAUUUUUAAAAUAUGCCUGAAUCACUACAUACUCCCGGAUCUCGAUAUGAAAGAGAAAGAUGAAAAAACCUGGAUUUGGUUUGCCAACGACUUCAGUGAUGGUCAGCUAGCUGAGGAGAGGUUUGCAUGUCGAUUUAAAACAUCCGAAAUAGCAGCAGAUUUCAAAUCAGCUGUGGAUCAAGCAAAGGCUUUGGUUGUCCUUCCAUCAGCUACGAAGGAAGAUGCUUCAUCCAAUUCAACUGUUACUAAUGGUUCCUCAAAUAAGGAAAUUACACCAUCAAUGAAAAACUUCUCCUUUAAACUUCCAAGUUCUGAUAAGCCUGUUGUCGUACGGUCUCUUUUUGGAUCAAAUGACACAUCAUCCCACUAUUCAGAUGAAGUUGAAGUUGUUUAUGAGGCCAAAGUCACUCCUGAGGAAAAGUCAGCUGCUUUAAGACUCCAGCUACCUGAAAAUUUCUAUCUUUAUAAACAGGCUCCACCAUGCUCAGGUUGUCCAGGGUGUGAAAAGGAUUCCGAUUCAGACCAGGGGGACAGUCAGUCUUUAGCUAGCUUAACGCCAGCAAGUUCUGUUAUCUCAUCUUCAACUACAACAUUCAAUGCAUCAGCAGCAGUUGGUGGAAGUGGAACAUCAUUGUUUACUUCAGCUUCAUUUACCCAACCUUCUUUCACUGGUAUAUUUGGUGGAACUGCCCAGAAUACACCUGGAUUUGGAAUAUUUGGUGGUAGUUCUCUAAACUCAAAUCCGGGAAGCACAGCAGUCAAUUCUCCCAGCACUGCUUUUCCUUUGUUUGGAGCCAAGUUGUCUACUCCUUCAUUAAAAGAAGAAGUCCCUUUCCUUCCAGUGAGUAACAGUCCAUCCUUUGCUAGUUUAGCUGCUACCAACAACAGCCCAGCUGUCUUUCAACCAAAAAAGCCAAUUGAAGCUUUCUCCUUUGCGGGAGCUGGGUCAAAAGUAUUUGGCACAUCUAGUUCUGGCACACCACCAAGAAAGAGCACUAAUGAUGAAGAAGGUGACUCAGGUGGUGAACAUGAUACAAGUGAGACUACUGAAGUUGAAACUCACGAUCCUCACUUUGAGCCAAUCAUAGCCUUGCCAGAUAUGGUUGAAGUAAGGACUGGAGAAGAAGAUGAGGAAAAACUUUUCUGUCAAAGAGCAAAAUUAUUCAGAUAUGAUUCUAAUACUAAGGAAUGGAAAGAACGAGGUGUUGGUGAAAUGAAAAUUUUGAAACAUCCUAUAAAUGGAACUUUUAGACUAUUGUUACGGAGAGAACAAGUUCACAAGGUGGUACUCAAUCAACGUCUUGAUGAAAACAUUGAGUUGAAGCCUUUGAAGACAUCUGAUAAAGCAUGGUGUUGGGGUGGUUUAAAUCAUGCAGAAGACUCAUCAGGUGCCUUGGAAGAAUUGGCAAUUAGAUUCAAAAACUCAGAAUUGGCAGAAGAGUUCCGCUCUAAAGUGGAGGAAUGCCAGAAGUUACUUGUUUCAAAUAGCGUACAUAAAGAUGUAACUGUGCCAGAUGAUGUGAAUGCUGAAGAGGGGGAAGAUGAUGAUGAUUAUGAAGACGAAGAUGAGAGUGAAAUCCUGUUUGAACAAACUGUUACUCUAAAAGCUGAAGAUUGCAAUACCCAGUCAACUGUUGAAGGAACAGGUAGCAUCAGAGUUAUUUUAUCUAACAACCUUUACUAUGUAGAGAUGAUGGAUGAUUCAGGAAUGGUUCUUUGCAAAGCUCCGAUUCAAGGGGACUCGGAGGUUCAGAGAGUAGAAAAUGUUUGCACUUGGAGAAGUGCCGACCUUAUAGACGAUGAGCAGGGUAUUGAAAAGAAAUUUGUAUCAACUUUUGAAUCUGAGCAAGAGGCUGAUGCUUUCCAGGAUCUGUACUCCAGAAUUACUCUAGAGAUUGUUGAGAGCACCUAUGAUUAUGUGGAUGAACAGAAAGAUUGAAGAAUCCAGACUAAGGGUGCAAAGACAAAAACAUUUGUGUCUGUGAUUGUGUCUAUUGGUUUCUCAAGAAAGGCACAAAGUAUGAUUUUAAUGAGUUUAGAUUCUUAAGUUUCAAUAAAUUUAGCCAAUUUAAUUCUAUUGCCUGUACUAUAGUAUGUACUUUUAUUAUUUUUAUUCCCUUCAGUACUCUACAUGGCAGGUUGUAGUAAAGCUGUCUCAAUUUCAAUUGCCCUGUAAUGUAGUAUAUAGUAUUUUGCAAUUCACUCUAUUCUCCAUUGUGUUUUGGGAAUGAAAUUUUGAACAUGAAUUGUUUCAGCAGAAUGUUAAUAAAAUACUGGUAACUUUU